GGGCGGGGUCCCGGCGGUUUCCGUCGCGCCGCCGGAAGGAGCCUCGCGAGGCGCCGCCAUGGACGCCUGGGUGCGCUUCAGCGCGCAGAGCCAGGCCCGGGAGCGGCUGCUCAGGGCUGCCCAGUACGCCUGUGCCCUUGUUGGGGACUCUCUGCGCAGGAACGGGGCGAGUGCCGGGGCCCUGGCCAGGGUCAGGCAGCUGGAGGCUCAUCUCAGCCUGAGCCGCAAGCUGCUGCGCCUGGGCAGCUCGGCCGAGGCUCUGGAGGCAGCCCAAAGGGCCAUUCACCUGUCAGACACGGUGCUGCGCUUCUGUGUCACCCUCAGCCACCUCAACAGGGCCAUGUACUUCGCCUGUGACAACGUGCUCUGGGCAGGAAAGGCAGGGCUGGUCCCCAGCAUCGACCAGGAGAAGUGGAGCCAGAGAUCCUUCAGGUAUUACCUCUUUGCCCUGGUUGUCAACCUGAGCCGCGACUGCUACGAGCUGCGGCUGCUGCUGGAGCGGGAGGCGAGCGGGAAGCGAGCCCAGGGCGGCUCCAACGGGCCCCAGCCCCGGCCCCGGCCCCGGCCCCGCCUGCAGCAGCUGGCGCUGAGGCUGCAGCUCCAGCUCCGCCUCCUGCUGCACGUCCUCCGAAACAACCCCCCCCUGCUGUUGGACCUGCUGAAGAACACCUGCGACCUCUUCAUCCCCCUGGACAAGCUGGGGCUGUACAGAACCAGCCCAGGCUUCGUGGGGCUGUGUGGCCUCGCCUCCUCCGUGCUGUCCAUCCUCACCAUCCUGCACCCCUGGCUCAAGCUGAAGCCGUAGCCGUGCUGGCAGCGCUGCCUGCAGGCCCUGAGCUGAAGGAGGCUGAUGUCUGGGGAGCCCUGGGCUGGGCUUUUCCUCUGAACUGAGCACCUUGGUGUCAUUGCUCACCUUCACCUCGUGCCUGGCUGCUUCCAGCGACGUGGAGCCGGGAGGGAGCAGGGAGCUGCUGCUGCCCCAGGCUCCGGAGACGAGGCAGAGACUCCACAGACCUCGGUUUGCUUCUUCCCCCUCACCCACUGUGGGGUCAGUCAGGCUGUGUGAAGGGUCUCACCUUCACCCUCUUCUCUUCUAGGGGGGGUUUCAACCCAGAACCAGCCACAGGGGAAGUGGUUGGGGCUGGAAAAGGCCAUUUGGGUGUUUCUCCCAGACCCUGGAGGGGGUUGAGCUGUGAGGUGGGGCUGUGCCUAGGAGAUGAUCUCCCUCCCUGCCCUCCUGGUGAGGAGGAAACAACUGCAGGGGGUCUCCCUGAGCCUCCAUCUCUCUCCCAGCUCGUCCCACCUGGAUUUUUCUAUGUGAGAACAGGCCUUGGACACCCUGAGCCCUUCCCUUGAGCCCAAACCUCUGCAUCCACCUCCCUCCCUGCACCCUGAGCUGUGGGGUUCACCCUCUGAGCCUCCCUGCUGCUCACAUUUGUCCCUUUAGUAGUGGCUCCUUUUAGAUCUGGGCAUCUGGACCCGUUCCCUGGUUGGGGUCUCCUGGUUUGUGCUGGGCUCUGGGCUGAGCCAGGUAGGGGAAAGGUACCAGAACUGCCCCUGAGCCCUGGGCUCACGCUUCACCAAGCAAAACAUCAGCUCAGCCUCAGCACCUUCAGACUCUGGGUGGGAGAAAGCAAAUCAGUGGCUUCCACCACAGUUAGUGGGAGCAACUUGGCUUCACUCCCAGCCAGGCAGCAGGGGACAGGGCCACUGCAGUGUCACCCUCAUCACACCCUCACUGAGCUUCCCUCCAUGCUCUGAGGCUCAUUCCCCCCUCCUCAGCUCCACUGACAGCCCCUAAAUCCCCUCACAACCCCUCAGUCCCCUCAGCUGGGCCAGAACCAUCACAAACUGAGCGAGGGCUGUUGUGACCCAGGGCUGAGGGUGACCCCAGCGUGGAAACCUCAGCUCUUGGGGAGCUUCUGCCUGACAAACGAGGGCAAAACAGCCUCUGACUAAAGCUCCUGCAGAGACAGAGACCCCAGGGGCUGCAGCUGGGCCUGGAGCUCAAAGUCUUGCCUCUUUAUUUCAUCUCCAUUGGUUAUUUCAUUCUCCUUGCCAUGUGCCCUCACCCUUUCCAGCUCUCACGUGGGUUUUCUGCCCUCAAAGCUGCCUUUAUUUUCCUGCCCUUCAGCCCAUUUCCACCUCCUGGAAACCUUUCCCCCCUCCCAGCUCCCUUUUUCCCCCCUCAUCACCCUUUUUUCCCCCCUCUACUCUGUUUUUCCCACCCUCAGCACCUUUUUUCCACCUCUUAAUGCCUCUUUUUGCCCCCCACCACCCUCUUUUUUGCCCCCAACACCCUUUUUUUUGCCCCUCAAGACCCAUUUAUUCCCUUCAACCCCAUUUCUUCCCCUUAAACCCCUUUUUUCCCCCCUCAGCACUUUUGCUUUUGCCCCUCAGCACCUUUUUCCACCUCUUGAUGCCUUUUUUUGCCCCCACCACACUCUUUUUUGCCCCCAACACCCUUUUAUUCCCCCUCAAAACCUAUUUAUUCCCUUCAAACCCACUUCUUUCCCCCUCUUUUCCCCUCAGCCCCUCUUUCUUCCCCCAUCACCGUUGCUUUUGCCCCUCAGCACCUUUGUUUUGCCCCCCCCAGCCUUUUCCUUCCCCCUCAGACCCCAUCUCCUCCCCUCAGACCCAUUUGUUUUGCCCCUCAGCACCUUUUUGUGGCCCCUCAGCCCCGGUGUGGGGUCUGUGGUGCAGCUCAGGGGUUCCUCUGGAGGCUGCAGCCCUCUCCCUGCUCCGUGGGCUGUGGCUCCCUGGGCUCUUUUGUACCAGAUGCCCCCGAGGACUCCAACAGCAUCUUGAACCACUAAAAAUCCAUUUAGCCAA